CCACAGAGCAAAGCCACUCACAUUCAUCAUCAUCAUCAUCAUCAUCAUCAUCAUAACCAUUGUGAAUCUUCAUCAGAACUUCCCUAAAAUCCACAAGAUUCCUGAAGGUUUUGGUACAAUGCCGGAGGCCAGAGACAGAAUAUCUAGGGCAGAGGACUUGGCGGCCAUUUACACUCGUCGACGACAGUCAAUAAUCUCAGGUGGAAGCGGAAAUGGCAAUUUAAGUAGCGGAGGAAUCAGUGUUUUAGCUGAUGAGGCAAUGGAUGUGGGUCCCACGACUCCGUUCCGAUGGGGGGCAAUGGCUAUGACGGGAACUCGUGGAGGAGGAAUGGGAGUGGCCGAUGGUUCUGUUGGAGGUGGAUUUGAGAGGGGUAGUCUGGGAACACCAAGAAUUUGGCGUGGCAGGCAUUUGCAGAUGUCUCCAGUAAGAGUUAUUGGCAGGCAGAACAUGUCUCCUACGGUCAGAGGUAGCCGAGGCCGGGUUAGAGGUCGAGGCAGGGGUCGUGGUGGUAGUGUUUUGCCCAAUUGGUACCCCAGAACUCCCCUUCAGGAUGUCACUGCUAUUGUGAGGGCUAUUGAAAGAAGAAGAGCUAGCUUGAGGGAAGGUGAAGGCCAUCAACUUGAGAGUCCGAUCCCCCAGGAACAAACUGUUCAUGAUCCUACUGUGUCUACAUCAGGUGCUCAACUCGAGCACGAUAUUUCUAUGAUCACUCCAUAUCCAACAAUAAGAAGUAGAGCCUGUCCAGUAUCUGUUGGUAAAGUGCCGAAGAUAUUGCUUGAUAUCACCAACCAGAAUGCUGGAGAGACAGCUUUUCUCACUCCAGAAAAGAAGCUGUUGAACUCCAUUGAUACAGUUGAGAAAGUGGUAAUGGAGGAACUGCACAAAUUGAAAAGGACUCCCAUUGCAAAGAAGGCAGAGAGGGAAAAGAAAGUUAAGACUUUGAUGUCAAUGCGUUAACUAGGACCAUAUGUUUUGCAUUCAAGCUCAAUCAAGGUUGAGGAUACAGAGUCAAGGAUUUGGAGGAAAGGAGAAUGAACAACUGACCUGUGUGGCAUGGCCGAUCAUCUCUUGAUGAUCCAUGGUCUUCUCUUGUUGGUCCAUGAUCAUCACUUGAUGAUCGAGUUCUCAAAUUGAUUUUAGCUCGGACAACCAGUUCUAUUUGUUGCUUUUUUUUUCUUUUUUCUUGCAUAUAUGACUUGGGUGUUAACCUUUAGCUGAAUGCCCUGAGUUUAGGCUUGGUAGGCAUGUCAUAGUAGUUUCAUUUGUUGAAUUUCUUGAUGCAGUGCCAGAGCACAGCAUUAUCUGUUUCCUGUUUCGUGCAGGAAUAAUUGCAGCAUUUUAAUCUGAUGUAGAUAAUAGCCAUGCAGUGUUGCUUCCCAUGUAAAAACCUCCUUCGAAAUGAUAAAACGUGCUAAGGCUGAUAAAAUGUA